AGUUUUCUUAAAGUUUUUUGCUGUGCAGUUAACACGGUGCUAGAGACAGAAAAGUUUAUAAUGCUUUUUGUUUUGUCAAAAUUAUUUAUGUGGCCAUUUUGUAUAAAACAAUUAAAAAUUGAAAACUACCUACAGUCUAUGUCAUCUUUUGUCUGUGUCAGCUGUCAGCUGCUGUAUGAAGCAUACUCUGUGUCAUCAAAUUCAUAAUAAUAAUAAACAUCUAUCAGCUGCUUUGAAGUUAGAAUCGGCGGAUAAUCUUAUGGUUAGAAGAAAGUUCGCUGAAGGAUAUCUACGUACGGACUUAUUGCAAUUUUUUUUAUUAAUUUAUGUAUUGGACAGGAAGGCAUAAUGUAAUAAAAAUGGCAAACAGCAGUUUCAAAUCGGGUAGCUUUGGGGCAGUAAAGAAAAUAUCUGAAAAUGAUCAUAAAAGCAGCCAACUUGAAAUUAAAAAAGAAAGUGAAGCUGAUGGUUGUAGUACAGUUGAGGCUACAUGCUUGAUUUCAGCUGUUGAUUUCAGAAGUGAAAUUUCUCAAAAUAAUAGUGAUGCAGAUAAGGAAAUUCCCAAUUCAGGUGUCAGGGGAGGUUUUUCAGAUAAAAGAGAGUUUUUGAAGGAACGUAAGAAGUUGGAUAAGAAAAAGUUGUCAGAUGAAAAAAAGAGACUACGAGAACAGGAAUACAGAAAUAAACUUUUACCAAAGGAUCAGAAAGUAACAAUCGUGGAUCAAAAGUUUUUGAGUUUUUUGGAAAAAAGUUCUGACACUUCAUCAAGUGCACUUUGCAAGUUCCAAGACAGUUCACUGCACCAGGAUCCUAAUGAUUUUCCAGCUCUUGGGAAAGCACUUCACAGCAAGGUGAAUAGAGGAGAAAAAGAGAAAAGCCAUAGCAUGGAGAACACUCAUUCUGGGGACUUAGGUCAGGGCUCUGAACCUGCCAUAGGGACCAACACUGUAGAUAAGUUGGACAGAAAUGUGCCAUCAAAAAGAUCUCAUUGGAGGAAUGCAGUUACAUUAGAUCUUCUGAACAUUGCAAAGAGUCAGGUUGUACUAAAACGAGAAGAGGACAAAAAGAAACAAAUAAUAAGAUCUCAAAAAGAUUUUAAGCCAGCCUUGUGUGGAAACCCGCUGGACUCUUCAAACCCAGAGCGUAAGCGUGGUAAAUUCCGGGAAAAGAAAAGAGCGAAAGUGUCUUCGUUAAAAAAGAUCAUACUCGAUGAACUGGAGAAGAAAAAAUCUGAGAGAGCAAGGUCUUGUCAGGGUGAUCUGACGACUGCAGAUUGGGAUGCAAUAUUCUCCGAGAUUAGCAAAGAAAUAAAUGGGUAUUUCAAGCAUGAGGAUAAUCUGCAACCACCUGAUGAUGUGAAAACUACAGACCAGGAUUCCGGCUUGGGAAUAAACACCUCCUGCUCAGCCGUUGAGAGGAAGACAGAAACCUCAGCUCACGGCAUCUCAGCCGAGUCAUCUUCAACAGCAGACGGCAGUAGCUCUAUUUACGUCAAGCCAAAACCUAUGCUGCAUAGUAGGAAGUUCAGAGAGUACUGUGAUCACUUUGUGACGCCGGAGAUAAACGAGCUGACUAGCGAGUUGAUUCGUGAGCUCCUGCGACUACAGGAUCGCCAGUACCAGCGCGACCCUAUCAAGGCUCUCAGCAAGCGGAAGUACGUUGUUGGGUUGCACGAGGCGAAAAAGUACUUGGCUCUGAAAAAGGUCAAACUGCUAAUAAUUGCCCCUGAUAUAGACAAGAUAGAGAGCGCAGGUGGACUCAAUGACAUUAUUAGUCAGUUAAAGGAGACUGCUGCCAUUCAAAAUGUACCUUGUGUUUUUGCACUUCAUCGUAGAAAAAUCGGUUACCUCACUCUCAAGAAGUGCCCCAUCAGUUGCCUAGCUGUGCUGAAUUACCAAGCAUGUGAGAGCCAGGUGAAUGCAUUACUUGAAGUGGUAAUGUUGGCACGUCAGCAGUAUGAUGAUGCUAGUCAAAAAGGUGAACCAAGGAGAAUACAGGACAAUAACAUGGAACACCAGCCUGCUGCCCAAGAGGAUACUGACGAAGCCGUUCAAGAGAUCAUAAACUCCUUCAUAUCCCUGGUGCGCAGCAAAACUCCUGCAGAAAGCAACGGUAAUACAUCACCUUUCCUGCAGGCCAUCGAAAGGAUUAGCAAGUCGUGAAGCUUGACUGCUGUAAUGUUUGUAUAUCGCCAAUUCAAAAUACAUAUAUUUUUUUACAA